AUGACCGACGUCGAUGCCUUUCGAGAUGCGGAGUACAUCGCUGACGUGUCUGGCAUUUCCUUCGGGGGUGCAGACGCGGUCGCGCCAGGACCACUCCCGGCCAGCGGCCAGGCAACUCGCGUAAAGAAGCUCCAAUCCGCCGCCAAAGUCGCCUUCAUUGACCGUCUCCUUCGCGAUCUCGAUAUCAUCAUCUACUGCCAAUUAUCCGCCUUGUAUUACAUGGACUGCUCUCUCAUUCUUUUUGCGAUACGUGCCAUGGUCCAACUCAUAUUCUUCACGCCAAAAUCCCCACCCUUUGACCCAACACGCAACCAACCCUUCGUCUGCGCCAUAUUCACCAGCAACCUCGUCUGCAUGAUUUCCCACAUCUUCUUCAUCCACCCUCAGGCCGGCGAAGAAACACGCGGCUACCUUCAUGGCGGCUUGUUUCUUGACUUCAUCGGCCAAAAGCCCGUCCCGGUCUUCAGACUCGUAUCGUUCGACAUACUGAUCUUCCUGAUCGACUUGAUCAUGCUGGCCCUGGUCAUCGAGCGCGUAAAGACAGUAGAAUCGACGGGCUCACCACAAACGAACACGGAAACAAAUACAGACGCAAAUGCGAACUCGAAUGCCACGCAACCAGAUACUCAGGAUCACGAUGCGGAGGAGCGGGGUGUGAUGCGGGGAACCGACUCGACCACGAGUGAGCACGACGCGCCCGCGAAUACAACACCCGUCGCCGAAAUAAAUGACGACAUAUAUGAUGAACGAACAACACUCCUCGCGGACCCUGGCGACGGCAGCUCUGUCCAGAGCCGCGAUGGCCACCCGUUAGAUACCUUUUCCGCAGGCCAGGCGGUGAUUAUGGAUAUGGGUUUUCUGGGGACAAUACGAGAUCAAUGGAAGUACACAACGAUGCCCCAGCGUCCGACUGGGUUUGUCCCGUCGCCAGAGACUGCGACCUUUCUGCGACAGCGGUUCGGACUGCAGGUUGGGACUGAUGGGCGCAUCGUGCGACUGGACCGAUAG